ACCCUCCUGACGCAGGUGUGAUCCUCCGCCACGCCAGAGGCCUCUCGCUGUUCUCUUUUACAUGGCGCCACGAUAAAGAAUUAAAUCGACCAGGUGGUAGCUUAUUUUUAUCAAACGGUACUCGUUAAAAUGAAGGUACCGGAGGAGGAAUCCAUGAGUGACAUUUUGAAGCGGCUGACGGGCGAGUCCGCGCUCCCUGUCUACUGCAACAUCGAGAAGUUCAAACGAGGACGGGACAAUUUAUACUUCGUGGCCGAGGACUUCAGCCAAACUGUGAAAAAACGAGAGUUGGUCAACGCCAAGGAACGAAUGAGAAUCAGGAACUUGAAUACCAUGUUCUCUCGCUUGAAAAGGAUGGUGCCACUGAUGCGACCAGACCGAAAGCCCAGCAAAGUGGACACACUCAAAGCUGCCACAGAAUACAUUCGACUGCUGCUUGCAGUUUUGCAGGAAACUGAAAGUGAUGAUGGCAGUGGGACUGAUUUCUUAAAGAAUGCAAUCGCCUACAGUCAGACUGAAGGCCUUGGUAGUGACUUUUGGCGAGUGGAUGAUUUGCUGAGCAUGUCAGAGGAACAAAUUGAUGAUGGAUUCAUUUUACCCCCUGAACCGGUGACAGACGAUGGAGAGAUGACCAGACUGAUGUUGCAGCACUGUGUGAUGCCAACAUACCAGUUCAUCAUCCAAGUAGCUCCUGAUCAGCCUGCGAUGUCUCAACCUUGCUAAGCAGUGUUUACAGCAGCUGAUGUGGCCUGAUAUUGGACACCUGCCAGGGUCCUGUUGCUUUGAAGAAAAGGAUUGUUUUGAAGAAAGCAGACUUUCAUUUGUGGUGUUUUAACCUUUUGGGGUUUUUUUUUUUU